AUGACCAAUGAAUGUUGGAUAACGAUGGUGAAACUACGUGUAUCCGUUGUUUUAAUAUUGCUCGUGUCUGUCAACUUGGUGGAACCGCUAGUACAGGAAGGUUUAUCUAAAUUUUUAGGAUCUAUAACUGGCAUUAAAAAUGUGAGGAUUCCUGAAUUAUUGAAUCAAUUGUGCAAUCAAUCGCAAGGAUCAAAUGCAACUCGUCGAGAUGCGUGUUACGGAUGCUUCUUCAGGGCUACCAGUCAAACCCUUGGAUACUCUUUAUUAAUGGCUAUUUCGAAUUGUGCCGAUAUUUAUCUCAAUAAUACCGAUUAUGGCCACUGUCAACAAUACUUGAGAAACGCUACGAGCAUAAUGAAUUCAAGAACGAGUGUUACGACGAUAUAUUGCUCGUUCCUCGAAUGCGUUCGUCAAGUAAAUAAGGAUACUUUGCUCAGGGAAUGCGUCGGCGAAGCCGUAAGAAUGUCCCCCAAUUUCAACUUGACGGACGUCAAAUUAGCCCAAUUAUACGUGAACACGACCGCGUGUGUGCUGGCGAAAACACGUUGCUCUCAAAUGAAUCCGAUAACCGGAGAAUUUCAAGAAGACGAUCUGGCCAAUAAGCUGAACAUACCCACGGUCAACGCGGUGCUGGUCAACACGAAUUACGACAUCAACAUCGUACAGCUACCAUUCCAUUCCAGUUCCAUCGACGUUUGCGCAAAAUAUAGAAACUACGAGCAGGCCAGCUGGCCAACGAUCAUGUGUUGA